AUGGCACAAGUCCUGUCGCCGGGCGCUGUUCCCGAACCAGUCCGCCAACUGCCCAAGGAAGAAGAGUGGCGCGAGAAUCUGAGCGUGAGGCUCACCUGCAAGGACUGUCGCACAGAUCCCCCCGAGCUGUACGAAGACCAUGCGAGUGGUGACCUGAUCUGCGCCGAGUGCGGCCUCGUCCUGCAAGAGCGCGGCAUCGACACCAGCUCCGAGUGGCGCACAUUCUCGAACGACGAUCAAGGUAACGACGAUCCGAGUCGUGUUGGUGACGGCCCAAAUGCCCUACUCAACGGCGCCCAGCUGAACACCUCCAUCGCCUUUGGUGAUGGCGGCAUGCGCAGCAAGGAACUCCACCGGGCCCAAAACAAGGCGAACCUCGACAAGGGCAACAAGUCACUCCUCGUGGCUUACAAGCAGAUCGGAGCUCUGUGCGACGGCUGGGAGCUGCCUAACAGUGUCUCCGACACCGCCAAGCAUCUGUACAAGGACGCCGAUGAGAGUCGAGUCUUCAAAGGCAAGAGCCAGGAGGCACUCAUCGCCGGAUGUGUCUUCCUCGCCUGUCGCCGCAACAACGUCCCACGUUCUUUCCGCGAAGUCAUGGAGUUGACCAAGGUGAGCAAGAAGGAGAUUGGCCGUACCUUUAAGAUGUUGGAGACCUACCUCAUGAGUAAGGAGAAGGAGCGACAGGCGAACGGUGGCAACACCGGCAUGCUUCCUGGUGGGACUGUCGUCUUCAACGAAGGCUACAAGGGCUCUACCACGUCUGAUCCUUCCGAGAUGUGUGCUCGCUGGUGCAGUCAGCUCAACAUGAGCCAGCAUGCUUCCAACGUCGCCAUCGAGAUUGCCAGCAACAUGACCAAGUCUGGUGCUCUUGCUGGUCGCUCACCUCUCUCCGCCGCGGCCGCUUGCAUCUACAUGGCUGGCCAUCUCAUGGAUGAGAUCAAGAGCGCCAAAGAGGUGCAGAGUGUUGCAAAGGUCAGCGACAGCACCAUCCGCCAUGCCUACAAGCUGCUCUGGACCGACCGUGCCAAGCUCAUCACUGAUGACAUUGUGGCACGUGGUGCAAACACAUCGAAGCUGCCUAAGCCAGCUUAG